AUGGACCCCACGGGCUGGUUCUCACACUACAAGAAUUGUGUUCAGCACUUUGUCGACAUUAGCCAGCACACAUCUCAAGUGCAGUCUAUUGCCGCGUUCAUCAAUAUUCGACUCCCCUGCCAGCGACCUUCUGAGUCUAGCGCGCCGAUGUCUGAAUCCCGACCAUCAUCCUUUGUUUCACUACGUCCAUACAUUAGACGAUUGAUUGUCACGGCACAGGACUCGCCGACUGUCAUUCAAGGCUUCUUCGGUGGGGAUUGGGAGGCCGGCGUGGGCUGUAUCUACAAACAAGAGCGGGUGAACUAUCUGUUCACAGCUAAGAGCAGUGGGUGGGUAUCCACCAAGGCCGCCUACGACAUUUCGCCCGAUGAAGAGACACCCUUCUUGAGGCCCCUGCGUGACCCCUCGGAGGAUGAGAUUCGAGUAGCCGAGGCGCGGUGGAGCGAGUGGCUGGCAAUGGAAGAUUGGAUGGUCGGAGCGCGCAGUCCCUGGUAG